AUGCUGCGAGGCGGCUUCGAAGAAAUCGCUUCUACACGCGAUUUUCCAGCUGGGGCUCGGGGAAGUGGCCAAGAAACACUUGGCCAACGAUGGCAAAUCUCGAAGAAGCUUCGUGCUUGUCCGCUUGAUCAUCCUCUCACUGAUGAGCCUUCUCAUCUGUCUGCUAAGCAGCAUGCCUAUCCACGACACUGUCGUCCACAACAUCCGUCUCAGACUGCUGCAGCAUUUGUUCAAAAAGCCCCCGCCAAUCAAUUCCUCGACUCGACCGGCCGACCUGGAGACGAAUGCCCAAGGCCAUGGCCCGUACUGCUGUACCUCAGCACACUGUACCUGGACAGCGGGACGGUUAAACUGCUGAGAAGCCGCAGCUUCGGACCAACGUAUCGCAGACUUAUCUCCUUCAAUAAUGCUCGCUGUAGUCGUCGUCUGCCCCAAACGCCACAAUAG